GUGCUUGGAUAGACGUAGCCCACUUUCCAUUUCCCCCUUCAGAUGACAACAAUUUCUACCUUACACGCUUUUUUCAAAGACAAGUUUACUCGGUUUCCCAACACAGCUUUGUCUGCUGCAUUCCAUGCUUUCAUCUCUGCAAUAUUUACAAUGGCACAAGUAGACCAAGUGGCUUUCGUACAAUUAAGCGAAUUUUUUGCAGCUCUGUUUUUCUUUCACGCCUCAGAGUUCUUAUUGGUGAUCAUCAUUCACGGAGCUUCGAGAGUAAAUAGCUCAUCAUUGCUUAUCAGCAAACCUUAUGUGAUUGCGAUGAUCUGUGGGCUUAUAGAAUAUUCAAUAGAAUCUAUUUUUGUUCCAAAGAUGAAGACACGUUGGUGGGCAAACUAUAUAGGCCUCACAAUGGUUGUGACUGGAGAAGUUGUCAGAAAAUGUGGUAUACUUACUGCUCGUCGCAGUUUUACCCAUGAUAUCAAAAAAUAUCUACGAAAUGACCAUGAGCUAGUCACUUACGGGAUUUAUAGGUAA